GGCUGAUGUUUCCGUCGGACCUUUGACACAGACGGACCAAACAAACGCUCUGAAGCGCCCAACAAGAGGAGCUGAAACUGAUAUUUACUAUAUUUACUGUCACAAGUAAAAAUGAAGUUUCGAGGGAAAAUCGUGGAUAUAGCCUGUCUCAACCAUUUCACCCGAGUCAUCACCACCAUCUCAAAGCUGACAAAGAUGUGUGUCCUGAGACUGACUCCUGACAACCUGUUCUUCGUUCUGUCUGGUAAAGUGGCCAACGGAGGGGUCAGCAUGUGGUGUGAACUGUCACAGGCUAACUUCUUCGAUGAAUACCAGAUGGAGGGCGUGUCCUCCGAGGCCAAUGAGAUUUGUCUGGAGGUGACUCCAGAGAACUUGUCCAGAGCCCUGAAGACGGUCCAGAGCGCCAAGGCCGUCAAAGUUAAACUGACGAAGAAGCACUGCCCCUGCCUCACCAUUGCCGCUGAGCUGCCCACCCUGUCUAGCAUCAGCCGAGUCGUCACUCAUGAUGUCCCAGUUGACGUCAUCCCCCGGAGACUCUGGCACGAGUUCAAAGAACCAGACAUGCCAGACUUUGAUGUCAGUAUCUACCUGCCUCCUCUGAAGACCAUGAAGAACGUUGUGGACAGAAUGAAAAACCUCUCCAACUUCCUGGUAAUAGAGGCCAACCUGAAUGGAGAGAUGAACCUGAAGAUUGAGACAGAUCUGGUUUCUGUCACCACUCACUUCAAAGACCUUGGAAACCCUCCGUGGGGUGAUGACGCAUCCCAGGACGGUGGUCUGUCUCAGAGCAGGGAUCCAGAGAACAUGGCCCAGGCUAGGGUGGACAUCAGGAAGCUGCAGCAGUUCCUCAUGGGACAGCAGGUCAACCCCAGCAAGGCCAUGUGCAAUAUCGUCCAUCAUAGCGUUGUCCACCUGAUUCUGCUUCAUGAAGAUGUGUCGCUGCAGUAUUUUAUCCCCGCUGUGGCGUAGACGUUCUGCAGACCACACAAGUUAUUUCUGCUCACUGUCAGUUUGAGGAAAAAGAAAAAUGGACUGCGUGUCUGUUUCAAGUGCUUCCCCACAUGGCAAAGGAAUCUUCUGUCACGCCAAACCCAACCCAGACUGAGAUAAAACUCACAAUGUCUGGGAGUGUGUCCUACAUUUGAAAGAGACUUGGAGGUUGGAGGACCUCAGGAAGACUUUAGUCACUGACCUUUGGUAAGAGUGUGGACAUGCUGGUAAAUACACAUUUAUCGAGGAGGAGGGUGAAAAAGUGACUUGGACAGUUGAGAUAAAAGGGAAAAAGAAGUUAGACAUUUAAAGUUCAGAGUAUGUGUUUUGUAUUA